AUGCCAUUCCCCACCAAACCGACCCCGACACCUCCUUCCACAAACUCGUCGAGUGCUGGCCAUUCUCCCGAUUACAGGGUUGUGCGGAAACGCAACCGCGUUCCUCUGUCUUGCGGGCCAUGCAGACACAGAAAGCUGAAAUGUAAUCGAUCUAAUCCAUGUGAAAAUUGCGUCAAACGAGGCGACGCUGCAUCGUGUAACUAUGCACAGGCGAGCUCACGCAAAAAGAAUCCACCCCAGCAAUCUGCGUCAAAUUCACCGGAUGACAUGCAGAACCGCAUCGAUCGGUUGGAAGGAUUGGUGCUUUCGUUGAUGACGAAUGGAUCCCAGUCUGCGGGCCCAGCAGCUGCUAUGGCUGCUCUCUCCGGAGAGAGCAGCGCUGGUUCAACGCGCCUCUCGCACGAACUUGACAUUGACGAGGAUGAGAUGGAGGGCGCGGAGGAGAGUGAUACCGACCAGGUGACCAAAUCAUUUGGCAUCAUGAAGGUAGACAAUAAUAAGUCUUAUUACAUUAGCGAUGCCCACUGGGCUUCGGUUCUGCAUGAUAUUUCUGAAGUCAAGAACUUCUUCUCGACUCACAAGAAGCAACUUGAUGAACAGAUGGAAAAAGUUAAAGCGGCCCAGCCCGCUACUGAUACUUCGGGGUCUACUUUGUUAUUUGGUGUCAUGAAGCCGAUGAGCCGUGCUGAAAUCAUGACUGGUCUUCCAAACAAAUAUACAACUGAUCUUCUUGUGGCUCGCUAUUUCAAUUCAUACGACCCUGUUACUCAUAUCCUCCACGGGCCAACAUUCCAAGCACAGUAUAAUAAACACUGGGAAGAUCCUGCCCAAACAGAACUCGUUUGGAUCGCCAUGCUUUUCGGACUGAUGAGGCUAGCGAUGCUAUCCUACCACCAAGAAGGCGACGAGCCGCCCGAGUUCCGUGGCAAGUCCUUGGAUAUGGCUGGGGCAUUUCGAAAUUCGGUAGCGGAGUGCUUAACCUUGGCCGACUACACAAAACCACAUCCUUUCUUGAUCGAAGCUCUAGUGUUCCAUCUACAUGGUGAUCUUUCUCAGAAUCGAGACGCAGACGUCUCCGUCUGGGUUAUGACUGGCGUUAUUGUUCGUCUGGCCAUGCGAUCAGGAUACCACCGUGACUCCAAAAUGUUCCCGAACAUUACACCAUUCCAAGGAGAGAUGCGACGUCGGGUAUGGACUUUGGUUCGACAUGCUGAUCUGUUGUUUUCAUUCCAAGUCGGACUGCCGAGCAUGAUCCGCUGCUCUGAUAGUGACACUGAGCUACCGCGCAACCUGUACGAUGAUGACUUUGACGAAGACUGCAAGGAGCUCCCGCCGUCUCGUCAGCUGUCCGAGCCUACCCCCAUCGCAUACUUGAUCACUAAGGCACGAUUGACAUACGCUUUCGGCCGUGUGGUUGAGCAAAGCUCUGCUGUCUCGACUGCUCCAUAUGAAAAAGUGAUGGAGAUCGACGCAGAAUUGCGUCAGGCCCGAGAUAUGAUCCCCGACCAUCUUAAAAUCAGACCCAUGGACGAGUGUCAGGUGGACACCACAAGCCUCAUUAUGUCACGAUUCUCCGUCAUGGCUGUAUACGAAAAAGCGCAAUGUGUCCUCCAUCGCCCAUAUCUAGUCCGCGCUCGCGAAAACCCCCGCUUUACUUUCUCUCGAAGGACAUGCAUUGAUUCCGCAAUGGAACUCCUCCGAGUUCAAGCACUCCUACACGCGGAAACGCGGAGUGGCCGUCUUCGCACCCUCAAAAGCAAAGUAACAGCCCUUAGCUCCACCGAUUACCUUCUCGCAGCCACAGUAGUCUGCCUCGAUCUAUCUCACAGUCUCCAAAUGCAAAAUUCCGGUCGUCCAUCUGGAGAUGUUUACACUUGGGGCAGAGAGCGGCGCGAGGAGAUGAUGGCCGCCAUCCAACUGACCAAAGAGAUCUGGGAUGAGACCCGAGAUGUCAGUAUGGACGCUUGGAAAGCAUCCAGCGUGCUUGGUGUCAUGCUGAGCAAACUUCUCAUGCCGACACAGGGUAUUGAGAACACUGGAGCGGCUUUCGAACCCGCAGACGAGAAGCAGAACGCUGCCAUGACCCUUGGCUUAUUAAGUAGUGGCAUGAGCCCGAUGAACCCAGCCCAGACCCCAUUCGCGGAUCCAAUGUUCAAAAUGAGCGAUUCACCCAUGGGAGCGGGUCCUGCUGCAUCUGAAAUGCCGGGUACGCUUUCGCCGUUUAGCAGCAUGUUUGGCCAGAUGCCAGAUACGCAGGUCAACCUUGACUGGGAUGCCUGGGACACUUACAUUCAAAAUCCCACACUCGACACAUCUAAUCAAUUCUGGCCACCGACACCGCAGCCCAUGGGGGUAUCGCAGUCCUCAAUGUCUACUCCUCUUGCCACAUCUCAUGUGCCCUCAAUACCAAACGCUGCUGGCACUGCUCCCUCUCGACUUCCCAUGAUGUUCCCGCCUUCAUCAAUGAGCCCCGAGGGCGUAGUGCCAGGGACAGAAAGGCUUUGGCGGGACCUCAAUGCGCCCAGCAAAUAA